GCGAUUGCUGCUUUACCGCCUGCUGCAACUGCGUGAUUUUGAUAUGUUGAGUGAGGAUUGUCCGUACGUUCAUGUGUACAUUGUUGGUAGUUCGCGUGUUUAGCGUAACAUUUUUUUCAUAAAGCAUUGUUGCAGUUGUGAUGAUUUUAUCUGGCUUGCAUUGAUCAAACGAAUAACGAACAGCUGUUGAGCGUUGAGCCACGUGAUCUUGGCACAGCAUCGUGCAUGUGUAGCCGUGCCACACUGAACAGGUUGCUGCAACGGUGCGAUUCGCUCAGUUCGUUCACUAGACGGAUCCAACUUCCGACGACGACGACAACGACAGCAGGAGCAAUGAAGUACAUUUUGGUUACCGGCGGUGUAAUCAGUGGCGUCGGCAAGGGUGUGAUCGCUAGUUCGUUCGGUACCUUGCUGCAUUCCUGCGGGAUCGGCGUUACGUCGAUUAAGAUUGAUCCGUACAUUAACAUCGACGCUGGCACGUUCUCCCCGUACGAACAUGGGGAAGUUUACGUUCUCGACGAUGGUGGCGAGGUGGAUCUCGAUUUGGGCAACUACGAGCGCUUUUUGGAUAUUACAUUACAUCGCGAUAACAAUAUUACCACGGGGAAAAUCUACAAAAUGGUUAUUGAAAAAGAACGGAUUGGCGAUUAUCUUGGAAAAACAGUGCAAGUUGUUCCUCAUAUCACGGACGCCAUCCAGGAAUGGGUUGAACGGGUAGCGAAAAAUCCCGUCAAGGAUAACAUUACACCGCAGGUUUGCGUAGUGGAGCUCGGUGGUACGAUCGGCGAUAUCGAAGGGAUGCCGUUCGUCGAAGCCUUUCGACAGUUUCAGUUUCGUGUGAAAAGAGAAAAUUUUUGCGUCGCUCAUGUUUCGUUGGUUCCUUCGCCAAGGGCUACCGGAGAACCGAAAACUAAACCAACCCAGGCCAGUGUACGCGAGCUUCGCGGGUUGGGUCUCAGUCCGGAUUUGAUUGUAUGCCGAUCGGAGAAACCCAUUGGGAACGAGGUGAAGGACAAGAUCAGCAAUUUUUGCCAUGUGGCUCCCGAGCAGGUAGUUUGCAUUCACGAUCUGUCCUCGAUCUAUCAUGUGCCGCUUCUGAUGGAAGAGGCCGGAGUAAUUGAUUUUCUGAACGAGCGGCUACAGUUGGAUUUACCGUCGCCAAGGCCUAUCCGGUUUAUGCAGAGUUGGCGAGAUCUGGCGGAAGGAGUGGAUAAUGUUUACAAGAAGGUCAAUAUUGCUCUGGUGGGCAAAUACACCAAACUUGAGGACUCAUACGCGUCGGUGUCGAAGUCGCUUCUGCACGCGUCGCUUGCCGUCGGCUAUAAACUGAAUUUGAAAUUUAUCGAAGCUUGCCAUCUGGAACGUUUGACCAAACAGGAAUCACCUCAUCUCUAUUACGAAGCUUGGCAAGGUCUCACCAACAGCCACGGUGUUAUCGUGCCAGGCGGAUUCGGUGCGCGGGGUAUUGAAGGCAAGAUUAGAGCCUGUCAGUGGAGUAGAGAAAAUAAGAAACCUUUUCUCGGUAUUUGUCUCGGACUGCAGGUGGCCGUUAUCGAAUUCGCAAGAAAUGUGCUAAAUUUAGAGAAUGCCAACUCCACCGAGGUUGACGCCGAUACCAAGCACCCAUUGGUAAUCGACAUGCCAGAACACCACCCUGGCAUGAUGGGUGGCACAAUGCGUUUGGGGAAGCGGACGACUAUCUUCAAGAAAGAUAACAGUACAGUUAAACAACUGUACGGUAACGUGAGACAGAUCGAGGAACGGCAUCGGCAUCGGUACGAGGUAAAUCCGCAGUACGUCACGCAGUUGGAGGAGCACGGGCUUCACUUCGUCGGACACGAUUCGGAGGGCAACCGAAUGGAAAUCAUGGAGUUGGAAAAUCAUCCCUACUACGUGGCAGCACAGUUCCAUCCGGAAUAUCUUUCCAGGCCACUGAAACCGUCUCCGCUGUUUUUGGGUCUAAUUUUAGCUUCCGUUGACAAGCUGGAUUCCUACCUGAAGCUUGGUAGUAGCAACAUGACAAAUUCGUCCCAUGUGACGAGUGAAAGCUCCAGCGAUGACGACUUGCUGUUGAAGGUUAGCAAGUCGCUUCGGAAUGGUAACAGCAGUCCUCCGAAAAUGACCAACGGCAUCGCUAAACCGUUGGUGAAUGGGAAUGGCGUGGCCAAAACGGACACCUAAACUAAACAGCGAAUCUUAGAAAAUAACAUUACAAGCAUAGCUGUCAUUUGAAUGUCGGGGACUUACACUGGAGCAAUUAAGCACGUUCCACAUCGAAUUUACUACAUUAUUUUCUCUUUGGUGGGGCGUACUUCUAUGGUCAUUAACGAAACAUGCCGGUUACAAUCGCAGUUUCAGCAUUGCGUAAAGAGUGAUAAAAGAAUUGCCACAAUUCUAGUUAAUUUGAUUGAUUCACUAUGUUUAAGAUUUAUCAAAUUAGAUAAAAACAAAACUUAAAAGGCGUUCGAACGAGUGCUUCCCCUGGCCAUGCGGUCCUAUGAAUCGAUGACUGAAGCUCAUGUCACGCGAUGUGGGCCACUAGUGAGCUCAUAAAUGAUCACAAAUUGAAUUUUUUUUACUGAUUGUAAAACCUGUUUACUAGCCUUGUAAGAUAAACCGUUAAUAAAUGGUGUGCUACUUGGAGGAA